UGGACAGCUAUGUGCAGAGACGGGUCCUAUCCCACGUGGGAUCCUAGCAGGAAGACAGUGUUGACCGUCCUCUGACGAAGUUAGCGGUGUGUUUAUCUUAGUUUGAGACCUAUGGGGACUCGUUAACGUCGCGUUUUGACGCAGUCUCAGUUGUGUAAUAUCAACUGUAAAGAAAAAAUGAUGUCAGUCAACCGGUGUUUGUAUUUGUUUUCUCGGCUACGGCGCCAUGUUACCACUCGGACUGCUCAUAUCACCGGUAGUCGCUGUCAUGUGUCUGCUGGCAAUGGCUUGUUGCUUAAAGUACACCCGAGUGGUUCUGUUGUUAGCAGCAGAAGCUCGUCCUCAUCUCCAAAACCCCCGGACACGUCUCUUUUUAUCCCGAUCACUUUGAAGAGCGACUCGUCUGCAGAUGGGACUGUUGGAGCCGAGCUGACGCAGCCUCUGGACAAAAGUGAGCUUUUGAAAAUUGUAAACCGCUUCUACAAGAAGAAAGAAAUUCAGAAGCUGGCUGCAGAUAACGGCCUGGACGCGCGACUCUUCCACCAGGCCUUUAUCAAUUUUAGAAAAUACAUCCUGGAGGUGACAUCACUCCCUGCUGACCUGCACAUCAUCCUCAGUGACAUCAUCUGUGGAGCAGGUCACAUAGAUGACAUCUACCCAUACUUCAUGCGUCAUGCCAAGCAAAUCUUUCCAAUGCUGGAUUGUAUGGAUGACCUGAGGAAGAUCUCUGACCUCAGAGUCCCUGCUAACUGGUACCCAGAGGCUCGUGCUAUCCAGAGGAAGGUGAUCUUCCAUGCCGGUCCCACUAACAGUGGCAAAACAUACCACGCCAUCCAACGCUACCUUGCUGCAAAGUCCGGCGUCUACUGUGGUCCUCUGAAACUGCUCGCCCAUGAAAUCUUUGAGAAGAGCAAUGACUCUGGUGUGCCAUGUGACCUGGUGACUGGCGAAGAGAGGACGUUUGUGGAUGAAGAUGGUCGAGCAUCUGCUCACGUGGCCUGCACCAUUGAGAUGUGCAGCGUCACUACACCAUAUGAAGUGGCUGUGAUCGAUGAAAUUCAAAUGAUCAGAGAUCAUGCACGAGGCUGGGCCUGGACCAGAGCACUGCUAGGCCUCUGUGCAGAGGAGAUUCAUGUUUGUGGGGAACCUGCAGCCAUUGACUUCAUCAGGGAGCUUAUGUACACCACUGGAGAGGAAGUGGAGGUCCACACUUACCAGCGUCUUACACCAUUUUCCAUCCUGGACCACGCUGUGGAAUCGUUAGACAACCUGAAACCAGGGGAUUGCAUCGUGUGCUUCAGUAAAAACGACAUCUACUCCAUAAGCCGGCAGAUUGAAGCCAGAGGAUUGGAAUGUGCUGUUAUUUAUGGCAGUUUACCUCCAGGCACCAAAUUGUCCCAGGCUAAGAAGUUCAAUGACCCUGAUGAUGCAUGCAAGAUCCUGGUAGCAACAGAUGCUAUUGGAAUGGGUCUGAAUUUGAGCAUAAAACGCAUCAUCUUCAACAGUCUUGUGAAGCCAAACAUCAACGAGAAAGGGGAGAAGCAUAUGGAGACCAUCAGCACGUCACAGGCUCUGCAGAUUGCUGGUCGUGCUGGGAGGUUCUCCUCCAAAUUUAAAGAGGGAGAAGUUACCACCAUGCACAGAGAUGAUCUUCCUGUCUUGAAGGAGAUACUCAGUCACGCGGUUGAUCCCAUUGAGACUGCAGGUCUUCAUCCUACAGCAGAGCAGAUUGAGAUGUUUGCCUACCAUUUACCCGAGGCUACUCUGUCCAACCUCAUUGACAUUUUUGUCAGCCUCUCCCAAGUAGACGGUCUCUAUUUUGUCUGCAACAUCGACGAUUUUAAGUUCCUGGCGGACAUGAUUCAACACAUCCCGCUCAACCUGAGGUCACGCUACGUUUUCUGCACGGCUCCCAUCAACAAGAAGCAACCUUUUGUGUGCACAUCCUUCUUAAAGUUUGCUCGUCAGUUCAGCCGAGAUGAGCCUUUAACCUUUGAUUGGGUCUGUCGACAUGUCAACUGGCCCGUGGCCCCACCGAAAAACAUCAAAGAUCUAGUUCACUUGGAGGCCGUUCACGAUGUGUUGGAUCUUUACCUCUGGUUAAGUUACCGUUUCAUGGACAUGUUUCCUGACACCGCUUUAGUUCGAGAAAUUCAGCGGGAACUCGACAACAUCAUCCAAGAAGGAGUACGAAAUAUCACUCGACUCAUCAGAGCCACCGACCCGGCCAUCACCGGCCCACUCCAAGGAACAGUACCUGGACGUCACGACCCCAGCAGGAAUUAUAUGUCGCGAGGCAGAAGAACUCCAAGCUCACAAAGAAGCCCUGGACAGACAAUGGACAGCUCACUGACUAACCGCUUGGUGCGAGAUGGACUGCUGACAUCUGAGAUGCUGCAGCAGUUGCAGAGGGAGUGGUCCAAAGGACAAACAAAGGAGCGAUCCAAUCAGAGCGCAGUUGAUGUCAAAUAUAACAAAGACAAUCGGAGGACAAAGAGGAAAUGAACCAUCAUGGGAUCUGAAUUCAGUAGCACACUACAAGCUCCAUCCUGAUACAAAAUAGACUGCAAGGAACCAUGUAUGUAAGUGAAGUGGGACCCCAUCACCCUCCAUCACCAUUUUGGAACUACCGCCAACCAAUCAAUGAUAAAGCAUCACCAAGCUCGAGCUGUUGACUGUGUGAUUAAUAAUUGUGUCUGUUGGCUUUAAUGGAAAAAGCUAGCAGCUCAUUCACUCAGUGAUCAUAUUGCAUCUGGAACAGGUUGGAGCUCAGUAUUCACGAUUGGAGACUACUGGACUACUAUACAUCGUCAUUCAUCUUAGUACACAUACUUAGAAAUCGUGGAGCUUUCUGUGGGGAUCCUACGGCAUCAAAGUACUGUUAUUGUAUUGACAUCGAUAUAAUGCACAUAUUUUUUAGUGUUUAAAAAUCUCAAUUAAAACUUAUUUUCAUUGUCUUUUA